AUUUAACCAUUGAGAAAAGGGGAAAUUACAUUCGAUACAGGCAUGAAUCAAUUUGAAGAUCUUUAUAAAAUGAACACCUUUUGCAUUUUCCGUAAAGAAAACUAGAAAUAAAUUGGUUUUUUGACAAGGUUGUUGUGAUUUUACUCCGCCAUCGUCUGUCAAACGGGCCUGACAGUCCGCCAAGCAGGCGCGCAAUGAGCCAACCCGCCGCUCCACCGCUCACGAUGCGUCAGCUUGUUUGACAGGCACACAUUUCUCUUUUUCCUCGUACGUCGGAGGAAACGCACGUGUGUAUCGGAAAAAUGGGUCGCCGCCCGGCUCGGUGUUAUCGUUACUGCAAAAACAAACCCUACCCGAAAUCGCGCUUCUGUCGCGGUGUUCCGGAUCCGAAAAUCCGUAUCUUCGAUCUGGGCCGCAAGAAGGCAUGCGUGGAGGACUUCCCGCUCUGCGUGCAUCUCGUGUCGGACGAGUAUGAGCAGCUCAGCUCGGAGGCGCUCGAGGCGGGCCGUAUCUGCUGCAACAAGUACCUGGUGAAGUUCUGCGGCAAGGACCAGUUCCACAUCCGUAUGCGCCUGCACCCGUUCCAUGUGAUCCGCAUCAACAAGAUGUUGUCCUGUGCCGGAGCUGAUCGGCUCCAAACAGGAAUGCGUGGUGCCUUCGGCAAACCGCAGGGUACGGUGGCUCGCGUCCACAUCGGCCAGCCAAUCAUGUCGGUGCGCUCGAGCGACCGCUUCAAGGCGCAGGUCAUCGAGGCGCUGCGUCGUGCCAAGUUCAAGUUCCCGGGUCGCCAGAAGAUCUUCGUCUCGAAGAAGUGGGGCUUCACCAAGUACGACCGCGACGUGUACCAGAAGCACAACGACGAGGGCCGUCUGGUGCCGGACGGAUGCGGUGUCCAGUUCCGCAACGAUCACGGUCCGCUGGUCAAAUGGGAGCAGCAUCAACGCAACCGGCUUUCGGCCUAAGCGCGCCUCCUGCUUCGCCCUCGGGAAGGCGAGUUCGUUGCGGAAGCGUAACGGCUUGCCGAUUCUCUCUUUUUGCGUGAAAUAAAACAAACACACACCUUCCUUGAAACAGAAA